AUGACUGAUGUUCUCGAUGAACCAUCGUCGAAGAAACCGAAGCUCUCAUCACCAUCAGACUUUGAUGAUGAUCCGUUAAGUGAACUGGAGAAAUUGGAGCCUUUGCCGUCCAUUCUGGAGACAAUGUCUCAAACACCAUCCAGUAUUCAUAUGUCGACGAAUAAUGGACCCGGACCAUCAUCUGUUGAUUCCACUGGCGCUACAAGUCAGCCACCCUCAGUUAGUCAUGGGAAUUACAUGGGACCAGCGUCAGUAAUACAAUCUCAAGCCGGUGCACCAGCACAAGCACAUAAUGCCCAGUCACAGCAAAAUACUCCCUCGCAACCCAGUGUUUUGCAAGAGUUGUUAUUAAAUCCAUCCAGUCAAAAUAAUCAGACUUUAAACAGUCCACGGCCACCUUAUACUACUCAAUAUCAAACAAGGAGUCCAGUGACGAGUGGUGCCACGAUGAUGGCAUCAGCAAAUUGUCCUCCAAAUGUAGCUCUGUCUGCUGGACCACGAGGAUUACGAGCUACUGGACCUCAAAUGUACGGGCCUGCAGGUCAUACUGAUAUGACUAUGCAACCGGGUGGUGGUCCGCAACUAGGGCAUCCAACUCAGCAAGGCAGCUAUGUUGCCUCACAGAUGAUGCCACCACCUAAUCAGCAAUCUUCACAAUCUCUUUCAUAUGCUUAUCAGCAAUCCGGUUCUCGACCAGUUUAUGCAAAUACAGGUUCUCGGGCGGUUUAUGCGCCCGCUACACGCAGUGCAACACCACAAGCUAUGAAUUUGGCUCGGGGUAGUGCACCAGUGAUACUCAAUGGAGCUUCGGCUCCCCGAAUCCGAGCUACUCAUCAAGGUAUGAUAACAAUGCAGCAAGGAGGCGGGCAAAUGAUGCGAACAGUUAUGGUUCAGCAGGGUCCACCGUAUGACCAAGGUGGUUAUGCUAUACCACCCCGUGCAUCCGAUCCUUAUGGCAUUUCGCAGACGCAAACUGGAGCAUCACCAAAUUAUGCGCAGUUGCCGCAGAGCCAUAUGGUAGCUAGAAAUCAACCAAUGCCUUACACUAAUACACCAAGUGCACCACAAGCGAUUCAACAAAGUAGUACGAUGAUACCGCACAUGAUGGAACAUUCGACAAUAUCGGCACAACAGCAGCCAAGUCAACAGCCACCACCACCACCGCCAUCAUCAUCACUGACUCACGGAAAUGUAAUGCCGCCACAGAUGAGUGCAUCAACAGUGACAAUAGCGGGAACUCCCGGUCCAAUGUCUGGUCCAAAAUCCGGAAUACCGCCAAAUUUGCCGCCACCUCAGAUGCCAAAUGCCUCAGCUACUGGUCAGAUACAACAAUUUACUGGCAUGAACAACACUGCACCGCGGGAUGGGACAUCAAUAAGCAGUACACUUCCAACUGGUGGUACACAAGGGAAUAAUCAAGACCCUGGACGAAGAAAACUUAUUCAGUUACAGUUGGUACUACUUUUGCAUGCACACAAAUGCCAACAACGAGAACGAUCGGCGGCACGUGUUUUCUUAUUCUUUAUUUGUUUGCAAGAUGGUGCAAAUGGACGAUAUACUUGCACUUUACAGCACUGUUCAACUAUGAAGGGAGUAUUGCAGCAUAUGACAACAUGUAAUAGUGGAAGCGCUUGUAGUUACCCUCACUGUCCGUCAUCACGACAAAUCAUUUCUCAUUGGAAGAACUGUGUGCGUGACGAUUGUCCAGUAUGUACACCGUUGAAAAGUAGGCAAAAUGUAGCGCAAGCAGUUGAUCGACGAACUGUUUCUGGCGUUGAACCGUUUGGAACUACCGGCGUAGGAUCUGCGCAACAAGUACCAUGUGGUCCAGGUAAUGCGACAGACAUUGACAAUGUUGGUAUGCCAAAUCGAAUCAGUACACAACAACAGCAACAACCACAGCAGCAACAACAGCAUUCUGGACCUGGUACAGCUCUGCCACCAAAUACAAAUUCACACAACGUGUCAGCAUAUGAUUCGUCUGGACCCACAUCGAUCAACGCUUUUCUAAUAGAUUUCAACCCCUCAAACGAUCCGUUUCGAUCACCGAAUCCACCGAACAAAUUGGUGCCAUCAUUAGGGAAAGGUUCCGGUAUUUUCAUUACUUCCAAGGAUAUCAUUGGUUUACCACCUCCGGAUGCACCAGUAGUUAAGAAACCGUGGCAGAAUGCAGUAACUGAGGAUCUGCGUAAUCAUUUGGUUAGAAAACUUGUAGAAGCAAUAUUUCCGUCACCUGACCCAGCGUCAAUCCAUGAUCAACGUAUCAAAGAUCUAGUCAAUUAUGCGCGAAAAGUUGAAAGAGAAAUGUUCGAAUUAGCCAAUGAUCGGGGAGAAUAUUACCACCUGCUUGCGGAAAAAAUCUAUAAAAUUCAAAAAGAAUUACAAGAGAAAAAAAUUAAACGAUUACAUGAACAAGGACAAGCAAGUGCCGUGGCUGGCAUACAACCACCUCAGCCAGGUGUUGACUUCGAUAUGCCCGGCCCGCCGAAUCGAACAACACCGUCCUUCCAACCAAACACUAGUACUGGCACACCACAAAUGAACGGAUUGUCUACCUCUAUGAGUGGAAAUGCAAUGACGAAUGGUCAGAUAGUGACUUCAGGGAUAAAAAUGGAAGUGCCUGGUGAUGUGGCAAUUGGUACUGAGCCAUCAGGUGCAGCGGAUGCUUCUGGAUGUUGCUCGAAACCUGGAACAUCUAAUAUAACAAACACAGAAAAGGCUAAAGCUUCCAUUAGUGCAGUUAAAACGGAAAUGAAAGCUAGCAAAGCUGAUGGUAAAGGCGAAACGAAAGUUGAAGAAAGAAAGGAAUUACCUGAUAAGGUAUUUGAUGCCAAUGAAUUGCGAAACAGGAUGAAACCAGUGUUGGAAAGAAUUUAUGCUAUGGAAGAAUCACUACCGUUUAGAAUUCCCGUCGAUCCGGAAAUUCUUGGCAUUCCGGAUUAUUUCGAUAUUGUCAAGAAACCUAUGGAUCUGUCAACAAUAAGCAGUAAACUUGAUACAGGUGAAUAUAAGAACCCAUGGGAAUUCAGUGAUGAUAUGUGGUUAAUGUUUGAUAAUGCUUGGCUAUAUAACCGGAAAAAUUCAAAAGUUUACAAAUAUUGCAAUAAGUUGAGUGAAGCCUUUGUGGAAGAAAUCAAUCCUAUAAUGCAAAAAAUGGGUUACUGUUGUGGCCAAAAAUUGUCGUUUACGCCAUUGGCAUUAUUUUGUUAUGGCCAGUCAAUGUGUACCAUCGCACGUGACCAGAUAUAUCAUGUUUAUGAGACAACGUCAACCCAAUAUGGUGUAACAGUUUCGGAGCGUUAUACAUACUGCACGAAAUGUUUUGAAGCUUUACCAGAAAGUGGCAUAAGUUUGAGUGAGAAUCCAAAUGAUACUUCUAAUAUGGUGCCAAAAUCGAAAUUUGUACAAAUGAAGAAUGAUCAGAUUGAUGUUGAGCCAUUUGAAAAAUGUAUCAAAUGUUUUCGGAAGUGGCAUCGAGUGUGCGCUCUUUUCAACAAAAAAAGCAUAGGUUUCCAUGGUUUUUCAUACUGUGGUAGCUUUGGUGUAUUGCAGCGUAGUCAUGAGAUUUCUCAAGAUUUAGAAAAGGUUUUUCCGGACGGAUUCAUUUGCGCUACGUGUCGUCGCGAAAAAAAUUUAGCACCAGCAGAAAAUCGUUUUACAGCCAAGAAAUUACCGCAUUGCCAAUUGUCACGAUUUAUCGAAGAACGUGUCAACAAAUUUAUGAAGAAUAAUCCUGCUGGCAAAGAUUAUGAAGUUAUCAUUCGUGUACUUUGUGCAGCUGACAAGGAAGUGGAAGUGAAGCCUUUGAUGAAACAAAAGUACGGACCUCUUGGUUUUCCGGAAAAAUUUCCGUAUCGAACAAAAGCAAUUUUUGCUUUCGAAGUCAUUGAUGGCGUGGAAGUUUGUUUUUUCGGUUUGCAUGUGCAAGAAUAUGGAAGUAACUGCCCACCACCAAAUAAAAGACGCGUAUAUAUAGCCUACUUGGAUUCAGUGCAUUUCUUUCAACCUCGACAGUUACGUACGGAGGUAUAUCAUGAAAUCUUGUUGGGUUAUUUGAAUUAUGCAAUGAUGUUGGGUUAUACAAUGGCUCACAUCUGGGCAUGUCCACCAUCCGAAGGCGACGACUACAUUUUCCACUGUCAUCCACCAGAACAACGAAUACCGAAGCCUAAACGCCUUCAAGAUUGGUACAAGAAAAUGCUUGACAAAGGUGUGGGCGAGCAUACAGUUUUUGAUUACAAGGAUAUUUACAAGCAAGCACGAGAUGAGAAUUUGGUGACGCCGAUGGAACUGUCUUAUUUUGAAGGGGAUUUUUGGCCUAAUGUAAUCGAAGACUGCAUUCGUGAAGCACAAAAUGAGGAACAGGAGCGCAAGCGACAAGAGGAAGCGGCACGCCAAGAACAACAAAAUGCCGAAGAUGAAGAUGGUGAUGAUAUGUUCCAUGAUGGAGAUAAUGGAAAAAGUAAAAAGAACAGCAAAAAGAAGAAUAAUUUGAAAAAAGGUAACUCGAAGAAUAAGAAAAAGGUUUGUUCACAAACGGGCAAUGAAGUCACUGAUAAAUUGUACAUAAACUUCGAGAAGCAUAAGGAAGUAUUCUUUACUAUUCGACUUAUGAGCCCGCAGUCGGAAUUAUCAGCACAAAAUAAUGAAAUUAAGGAUCCCGAUCCAUUAAUAGCAAGCGAUCUUAUGGAUGGCCGUGAUACAUUCUUGACACGUGCUCGUGAUGAACAUUGGGAAUUUUCCUCAUUACGACGCGCCAAAUAUUCUACGAUAUGCUUUUGUCAUGCAUUACACAAUCAGGAGAAGAGUGAAGGACUUUCGUACACUUGUAAUAGUUGCCAAGGAACAGCUAUUUGGCAUUGUACAACCUGCGAGGAUUUCGACCUUUGCAAUAAAUGCUAUGAAACAAUGUCCCAUCCACACAAAUUGGAGAAGGUCAAUACAUUGGUGGAAGUAGAGGAUAAACAUGAUGCAAGCAAUUCGCGAACUGAAAGCAUUCAGCGCUGCAUUCAGUCACUGGUACAUGCAUGCCAGUGUCGCGAUGCAAACUGUCGCCGUUCAACGUGUCACAAAAUGAAGCGUGUUGUGCAACACACCAAAGGUUGCAAAAAGCGUCAAAAUGCAAAUUGCGCUAUUUGCAAACAACUCAUUGCUCUGUGUUGCUAUCAUGCCAAGCAUUGCAACGGGACUUCGUGUCAGGUUCCAUUUUGCCUGAAUAUUCGCCAGAAAUUGCAAGAACAACGAAGAUCACAGAAUCGUCGUGCUGACAUGAUGAUGCGUCGACGUAUGGAUAUGCUUUCUAGUGGUUAUGGUGGAACCAACACACCAGGACCAUCGCAAUCUAGUGGACCAACCGGUGCAAUGAAUAUAUCCCAGACAGUGACGAAUCAUCAUGGUGCUGGACCAAUGCAAACUUAUCAGGGUACGGGUAUAGCGCAUAUACAGCACAUACAAAUGGGACAACCGCAGAACGUAAUCUCUUCUGGCCAGCAACAAAUGGCGCAAAUGCAGCAGCUACAACCGCAUCAGUAUCAGGCGCAUGGAAAAGGUGGUGCUAUACAAGGCAGUUCACAAAUACACAUGAUGGGUGUACCGACAACAAUGCAGCAAGACCAUACGAUAUCACAAGUUCAGCAACAACAAGCGCCACAUCAGCAAGGCGUACGUAUGAAUAUGACAUCACAAAUGGGGGGGAUGCAAAGGCCCGGAAUGGUUGGACAAAUGCAACAUGCCCAACAGCCGAUGAAUCCUCCACCAUAUGGACGUGGUGCUACGCAGCAAAACGCCUAUAGUAUGUCUGGAACCGCAGGACCUUCCUCUAGCUACGGAAGUAAUGCUGGACAACCAAUGAUGCUUGGACAGUCUAUGCCGCAGAAUUCACAAUCACAACCAAUAAUGCAACAGGGAAUGCAAAAUUUACGAGCGAAAGCUUAUGCUGGACAACCAAUCGAUCGUACUGCGCUACAGCAAGAUCCCCAGGUGCAAGCGAUAUUAACGAGGUUUAAAAAUGCAGAACGAGCGGAAGACAAAGAUAAAGUAUUGAAUGAUCUAAAGAAAAUGCCUCAUCUUUUUGCCGCUUUUAUCAAAAUGACGAAUAAUGAAAGAAGUGGUGGAGAUAUUCCACAGAGCAUAAAUCAGCAACAGCUUAGUGCCAUACAACAGCAACAACAGGGAAUGAUAAGGCAACCUCAAAUAGUAACUCAACAAAGUGGACAGUGGCAGCAAGGGACAGUUUCACAGCAACAAUACUAUCAGCAGCAGCAACCGCAGGUAUCACAAAGUGGCCAGCAGCAACCUCGCGGUCCCGGUGGUCAAUAUGCAUCGAUGAGUUCACAGGGUCAAAUGGCCGGUACUGCUAUGCCACAACCACAAUGGCAACAACAGUUCCAGCGGAACCCACAACCUGUGAGCCCAGCUAUGCAAUCUCAGUUCAAUCAGGUUCGUUCACCACCUAUUGGACGUUCACCAUCCGUGAGCAACGUUACUCAAUCAUCAAUAAUGCAGCCUGGUGCGGCACAGCCUGGUGUACAACAAAUGCAGCAAGGGACAGUUAAUCAAGAUCAGCAACCAUACAGAUAA